CUCACUUUCUAUCCACAUUCGUUUGCAUUUGUUUUUAAUUUAGUUUCUAGUUAAAAUGUCAGUAACAAUUUUAAAACCUGGGGUUUUUAAACACAUCACUUGUAGGAAUAAUAUUUACCCAAAAAGUGCAGUUAAGCGAUUUCCUGUUCCUGAUGAAUUUGUUUAUUGGUCAAAGGAGUAUAGCGAAUAUGCUCCUGAAGUUUACACUGCGCCGCAUAUUAAUGGGCAACCAUGGGCAGAUGUGAACAUUGUCUCUGCAGAUUCUCAACCUAAAUGGAAUCAAAUAGAUGGCGAUGUAAAUCGGGUAUCAUUUAACGGAAUUUAUAAAAUCGAAAAUGGACUUCCCACAAAUCCCAUCGGUCGCACUGGGCUCCGUGGUCGCGGCCUACUAGGACGAUGGGGUCCAAAUCAUGCUGCUGAUCCGGUGGUAACACGCUGGAAACGUGAAGCUGAUGGUAAGAUGAGCGUGGACAGUUGCUCACAAAAAAGGAUUUUGCAAAUGGUGGCCAUUCAACGCCACGAUAACAAAAUGUGGGCUAUACCAGGAGGUAUGGUAGAUCCUGGUGAAAAGGUCAGUUCAACGCUCAAACGGGAAUUCAUGGAAGAAGCUUUGAACAGUUUGGAUAACACGGAAAUGAUUGAAACGUUUUUUACAAAUGGGUCGGAAAUAUACAAAGGUUAUGUGGAUGAUUUUCGUAACACAGACAACGCUUGGAUGGAGACAGUGGCAUAUAAUUUCCAUGAUGAAGACGGCACUAAGGUUGGGAAAUUCUCACUCUCAGCCGGUGAUGACGCUGCUAACGUUAAAUGGUUAGAUAUCAAUAGCGGUGUAGAAUUACAUGCCAACCAUAUUGAUAUUAUUAAGGAAGUAAUAAAGCGAUUGAAUGCUCAUUGGUAGUACAUAAA